AUGUAAGCCUUUAUAGUUAUAAAAGUUCUUCCAAAAGAAAUUGAUUUAUUAUUCUUAAUAUAUAGUGAUCUAAAUUCUCGAAAUAUUGAAAAUUUAGUUAAUAAAACAGCAUUUACAGAUUUUUUUACUAUGAUUGGGUUAUGGGGAGAUUUAGUUUUUGAUUAUUUUAAUAAAGAUGAUGAAAAUGAAAAUCUCAUUAACUUUGAAUAGUUUUUAAAGGGCGUAGCAUAUUUUAUAAAAUGUGAUGAAGAGUAAAAAAUUGAUCAUCUUUUUAAAUUAUACGAUUUGGAAAAUAUAGGAAUAAUAAAGAAGGCCGAGUUCCUUCAAAUGUUAUAAAACUAUCCGAGAGAAGAUUUAAUACGAUUGUUAGAUGAUCCAAUGUUCUUAGAAGAUCUAAAGAUUCUCAAGUAUUAUGAGAAAAAAGAAAAAAUAAACUAAAAAAAGGCUCAACCAUUAAAAGCUGACGAGUAAGAAUUUACUGAAUCAGUUCAUGCAUUAUAAAGAAGAGGGUCCUAAUAAAGUGGCGAGAUUAAAUCGCUUUCUAGAUAAUAAUCAGUUGAAUGUCAGUCAUAUUAAUCCAGUCUUCCUAAUUUUAAUGAAUAAAGUGUUAUUAUGAUGUUUCCAAAUGAAAGUUUAGUUGGACCAAAUGGAGUUCCAAUGGGUUAGUUUGGCUAAAAUAUAUAAUUUCAAAUAAAUGGGAAAUUAGUUGAAUUAAAAAGAGUAAAUGUGAAUUAUUUAGUACGAAAAUAUGUAGAUAUGAUUUACAAAAAUAAGGGAAAGCAAGAAGAAGAAUUAUCAAUUGAAGAAUUUAAAUAGUUUGUCAAGAUGCAUCCAAAAAUAUUUGAUGGACUUUACAAGGCAUUUAAUUAUGAUAUUUGGGGAGUAAAUAGCAGUACUCUUGUACCUUUAUUCGUGACUGUUUAUAAAGAUCUAGAAGGACAAUUAAAAAAGGUUAGCAGAAAAAAUCCAAAAUAGAUGAAAGAUAGACAUUUUAAACUUAUUUAGAGAUUUUGCCUUUCUUAUAAAAAACUAGAUUAGGCAAUUCCUUCGAAGAUAUUUUGUUUAGAUGGUUUGACCAUCUAAGAAAUAGCAAACAGUCAAGAGUAAAUAUAUGGAUUUGAAAUUUCACAUAAGGAUAAAGUAUAUCCUUAAAGAUUGUAUUAUUGUAAAGACUUUGAGGAUUUUAAGAAGUGGACAAACAGCUUAUAAAUGUUUUAAAAUAGGGCAUCAGUGAAUGAUUAUUAUUCUAUAUUAUAAAAGAUAGGAGAAGGUAAAUUUUCAAUAGUUUAUCUUUGUGAAGACAAGAAAACUAAAUAACAAUUGGCUAUGAAAAUCAUUGAAAAAUUUAAAUUGUCAAAAUAAGAAAAAUUGAUGUUAGCACAUGAAGUUGAAAUAAUGAAAUUAUUGAAUCACUCAUGCAUCAUUAGAUUUGUUGAGAUAAUAGAAACAAAGACCCAUCUAAAUAUCAUUACGGAAGUAGUUAGGGAUGGCGACCUAUUUGAUUACAUUACUAAUAAUGAAAAUUUGAAUGAAUAGGAGGCUUCUUUAAUAAUGAGUUAAUUAUUUGACACAAUUAAUUAUGUUCAUAGUGUUGGAAUAGUACAUAGAGAUUUAAAACCUGAAAACAUUAUGAUUGUUCUUGAUUAAAUAACAAAAACUGUAAAGCAAGUCAAGAUUAUCGAUUUUGGAUUUGCCAACUUUUUAACUAACAUAUAGAAUAAAGAAGGAGAAGCUUUAUGUGGAACAACCAAUUAUUUAGCUCCUGAAACUUUAUCCUAAAAAAGGAUUGAUUUCAAAGUUGAUAAUUUUGCUUUAGGCGUUAUUCUUUAUUUUUUAUUAUCAGGAUUUCUGCCUUUUGAUGCUUCUUUUCCUGAAGAUAUAAUUAAGAAUAUCUUAGAUGGCAAUUAUGAUUUAAGUGAUAAAUUUUGGUAACAUAUAUCAGCUGAUGCAAAAGAUUUGAUCACAAAAUUGUUAAAAAAAGAUCCAGAUGAGAGAAUAUCUUUGGAUGAUGCAUUAAAUCAUCCUUGGAUCAAAAAUCGGUCUACAUUGCAAACUAAAAAAGUUUAAAGACAGAAAUAGAGGUUAGGAUUAUUUUGA